UGAGAAAGGGAGAACAUCCUUUGAGAUGGAAGAGGAACUGGGAAACCGGGGUUCAUCUUGUCCCACAGGCCAAGUCUCUUUCUAUCUCUCCCAUCUCCCCCUCUAGGUGGCAGGGGAAGGACCUGGCUGGUGCUGAUGCUGUGGAAGUCCUGUAGGGAUGGAGAGCGGUCUGGCUGGCGACAGCACAGGAGAUGGGCCGGUGAUGAAAAUCAAGCAAGAGAAGCCAGAGUGGCUGCUUCAGACGCUGGCACCACAGGCCGUGCUCCCAGAGAAGGACAAGGAAAACAUUUUCCAGCGACAUCGGGGCCUCACACCAUGCCAGACCAUGGGGUGGCUUCGGGCUGUGGGGGUGCAGGAAGAGACUGGGGGUGCAAGGUGGGCCCCUCCCCCUGAGCAGGAUGCGCGGCUGGCAGGCCGAGUUGCAGGGGCAGCCCCGGGCCCUCUAAGCCCGGCGCUUUCUGCCAGCGAGGGUCAUUUUGUGUGCGUGGACUGCGGGAAGAGGUUCAGUUGGUGGUCUUCCUUGAAGAUCCACCAGCGCACGCACACAGGGGAGAAGCCAUACCUGUGCGGCAAGUGUGGCAAGAGCUUCAGCCAGAAGCCAAACCUAGCGCGCCACCAGCGGCACCACACGGGCGAGCGGCCCUUCUGCUGCCCGGAGUGCACCAGGCGCUUUAGCCAGAAGCAGCACCUGCUCAAGCACCAGAAGACCCACUCUCGCCCCGCCACCCACUCAUGUCCCGAGUGCGAGCGCUGCUUCCGUCACCAGGUGGGCCUCCGCAUCCACCAGCGCGCUCACGCUCGGGACCGCCAAGGCGCCCGCGCCGGUCUGCACGAGAUGCUCCGGGACACUGCGGGACGUCGAGCCUGUCGCCUGCGGCCGGGGCCCCCACGGGGGCGUCCCGAGUGGGCCUGGCUGGGACUCUGCCAGAGCUGGUGGGAACAGUCUGGGGUCCGGACCACUGCCCACGGCCGCUCGGGGCCUGGCGAGCAGCGCCAGUUCAUCUGCAACGAGUGCGGAAAGAGCUUCACCUGGUGGUCGUCGCUGAACAUCCACCAGCGCAUCCACACGGGCGAGCGGCCCUACGCGUGCCCCGAGUGCGGCCGCCGCUUCAGCCAGAAGCCCAACCUGACCCGGCACCUGCGCAACCACACGGGCGAGCGGCCGCACCCGUGCCUGCACUGCGGCCGCAGCUUCCGCCAGAAGCAGCACCUGCUUAAGCACCUGCGCACACACCUGCCUGGCGCCCAGGCCGCGCCGUGCCCCAGCUGCGGCCAGAGCUGCCCCAGCCGCGCCGCGCUGCGGGCCCACCAGCGCGCACACGCCGCCGAGCUGCUGCGCUCCGGACCCGGUCUCCCCGGCGGGGAGGCGGGCUCCCAGCCACCAGCUGGGGCUCCCCAGGGCUUGGCUACGCAGCCCGAUAGUCCCCAACGGCCCCAGAGGGUCCGGGGCGCGCUAUGGGGCCGAGGGCGCACGAGCCUGGCGGGGCCCAGCGAGCAGCGCCAGUUCAUCUGCAACGAGUGCGGCAAGAGCUUCUCGUGGUGGUCGGCGCUCACCAUCCACCAGCGCAUCCACACGGGCGAGCGGCCCUACGCGUGCCCCGAGUGCGGCCGCCGCUUCAGCCAGAAGCCCAACUUGACUCGGCACCGGCGCAACCACACCGGCGAACGGCCCUCUACCUGUGUGCCCUGCGGCCGCGGCUUCCGACAGAAGCAGCACCUGCUCAAGCACCAGCGCGUUCACCGCGGAGCCCUGGCGGCCAGGCCAGGCCAGGAGGAGGAGGCCCUCUAGUGUGUCCUGCCCGGUUGACCUUGGUGGAGGGCUUUGUGCAGGGUGCAAGUGGAGGGUGGGAAGGGCCCGGAAUGCUGACUCUUAGC